AUGGCCGAGGCAGCCCCGGCUCCGACUUCUGAAUGGGACUCCGAAUGCCUUACGUCCCUGCAGGCGCUUCCUCUUCCCACACCCCCAGCAGCAAAUGAAGCACACCUGCAGACUGCGGCCAUCUCCUUGUGGACAGUGGUGGCGGCCGUGCAGGCUAUCGAGAGAAAGGUGGAGGUCCACAGCCGGCGACUCCUGCACCUGGAAGGACGGACAGGGACGGCCGAGAAGAAGCUGGCCAGCUGCGAAAAGACAACAGUGGCUGAUCUCGGGAACCAGCUGGAGGGCAAGUGGGCGGUGCUGGGGACCCUGCUGCAGGAGUACGGGCUGCUGCAGAGGCGUCUGGAGAACUUGGAGAACCUGCUGAGGAACAGGAACUUCUGGAUCCUGCGGCUGCCCCCCGGUAUUAAAGGAGAUAUCCCAAAGGUGCCUGUGACAUUUGAUGACAUCUCCAUCUACUUUUCCACUCCAGAGUGGGAAAAAUUAGAAGAAUGGCAAAAGGAACUUUACAAGAAUAUCAUGAAGGGCAACUACGAGUCUCUCAUUUCCAUGGAUUAUGCCAUGAAUCAACCUGAUGUCUUAUCUCAGAUUCAGCCAGAAGGGGACCAUAAUACAGAGGACCAGGCAGCGCCAGAGGAAAGUGAGAUUCCCACAGAUCCCACUGAAGAGCCUGGCAUUUCAACAUCGGAUAUUCUGUCUUGGAUUAAACAAGAGGAAGAGACCCAGGUCGGCACCCCACAGGAGCCCAAGGAGAGUGACAUGUGCAAAAGCACCUAUGCCGACGAAGAGCUUGUCAUCAAAGCUGAAGGCCUCGCCAGAGCCUCCCUGUGCCCCGAGAUGCCCGUCACCUUCUCUUCUCCACCAGCAGCAGCUAAGGAUACGUUUCCCGACGUGGCCUUCAAAAGCCCGCAGUCUGCGCCCAUGGCGCCGUUUGGACGUCCAGCCACCGACCUGGCCGAAGCCUCUGAGGGACAAGUGACUUUCACUCAGCUGGGCAGCUACCCCCUCCCGCCUCCGGCCGGGGAGCAGGUGUUCUCGUGCCACCACUGUGGCAAGAGCCUCAGCCAAGACGUGCUGCUGACGCACCAAUGCGGCCCCGCGGGGGAGCGCCCGGCCCCCUGUGCCCAGGGCCCCAGGCACUUUCCCCUGCACACCGACCGCGGCCCCCAGCCGCCCGCCAGCGAGAGGCCACCCACCUGCCCGCACUGCGCCAGGACUUUCACUCACCCGUCCAGACUCACCUACCACCUUCGGGUCCACAACAGCACCGAGCGCCCGUUCCCCUGCCCCGACUGCCCCAAGCGCUUCGCCGACCAGGCGCGCCUGGCCAGCCACCGGCGAGCCCACGCCAGCGAGCGGCCCUUCCGGUGCGCGCAGUGCGGCCGGAGCUUCAGCCUGAAGAUCAGCCUGCUGCUCCACCAGCGGGGCCACGCGCAGGAGCGGCCCUUCUCCUGCCCUCAGUGUGGCAUCGACUUCAACGGCCACUCGGCCCUGAUCCGCCACCAGAUGAUCCACACGGGCGAGCGGCCGUACCCCUGCCCUGACUGCAGCAAGAGCUUCAUGCGCAAGGAGCACCUGCUCAACCACCGGCGGCUGCACACGGGCGAGCGGCCCUUCAGCUGCGCGCACUGCGGCAAGAGCUUCAUCCGCAAGCACCACCUCAUGAAACACCAGCGCAUCCACACGGGCGAGCGGCCCUACCCCUGCGCCGAGUGCGGCAGGAGCUUCCGCUACAAGCAGACGCUCAAGGACCACCUGCGCUCGGGCCACGGUGGCGGCUGUGGCGGGCAUAGUGACCCCUCUGGACAGCCGCCGGACCCCCCGGGCCCCCUCCUAACUGGGCUCGAAACCGCUGGCCUGGGCGUUAACACCGAAGGUCUAGAGGCCAAUCAGUGGUAUGGGGAAGGGACUGGAGGCGGGGUUUAG